AUGUCCGAAGAAGAAGCUCUGCUGCGUGACUGGGCCGCCAGCUCGCAACUGCUGUAUUACACGGUCAUCUGCGUGGCCGUCGUCACUCUUCCGGCGCUCGUCUUCAUGUUGAUCAUCCUUCGAAAGUACUCGAAAUCCAACUAUUACUGCUUCCUCUGCUCCAUUCUCACCGGCAAUUUCGUGCUGCUCGCCACAAUUGUCACAAAUGUGAUAUCGGAUAGAAAUGUGCUAAUAUUCGCGGGUACGUUUCUAUGCAUAAGACGAAUUCGGAGGCCAGACGACGACGUUUUCAGGCAUUCUUCCGGGAGUCGUCGUCUGCAAAUUGAGUGCUUUUCUCGUGAACACUUCUUCGUUUUUCGUGCAUUGGGCGUGGGUGGCCAUGUACGUUCAGGUGACAGAAUACACAGAAAACAAGGGGCAAAUGGAACGGAUUUCAGAGAUUUCUGCACGUUUUCUUCCCUUUGCGGGCUCACAGAUCCAACGGCAGAAGCAAAGAAACGAUCGGAGCGUGAGUGGAUCUACAGUCUCAUUCUUGAACGGGCACUUGUUUCAGUCUGUGCGCCUUCUCGAUCAUUUCCCAGCUGUGGACUCCCAUUCUGAUAACCGAAUUGAGUGUGGGCGCGGACGAAGCAUCGGGCACCUACUGUGCAGAAGAUCCCCGGAUAUUCGGGCAGACCACUCUCAAAUAUCUCAUCUUUUUCGAGUGUUUCAUGACGUUUUUCCUUCCUUUCGUGCUCACCGUCAUCGCCGAUUUCUCGGUCCUUAUCAUGCGCAAUCCGUGCUCUUCGCCCGAUUCGUUCACUUUGAUAUCCGCCGAUGAAAUCGUUCAUCAUGAGCACGAGACAGACGAGAAGAGUCCAUUAAAAAUAGUGCACAAGUCGAAGAUCAUGGUAAUCAUUUUUUAGAAGCAAAAUCGUUUGAUGGACCCUUUCAGUUCGACAUGCGUAGGCGGAACGAGGCGAUCCGCCGGUGUCUUCUGCUGGCGACAGUCACUUUGCUUCUGAAUCUUCCCAACUAUUCACUCCAGUUAAUCGACGAAUUCUACCAUUUCCGCGAGAGUACAGACCUCUCAGUAAGAAGAAAGUUCAUUAGAGUGAGCCGGAUUCCUUACAUACUCUUGCCACUUCAUAAGUUUUUAGGCGGAUGCAGUGGUCUACAUCAUUUAUCUUCUUCAGUUCCCCACGGUUCCCAUCUAUAUGUAUUGUCUUAAAAACGACUUCGACAGAGCGAGAUCGUGA